AUGGGGUUGCAGGAGUCAUUCAAGCUACCGAAACGGAAAAGGACUAGGAUGACGAUCUGUACUUAUAACGCCCGUACGCUUGCAUCGAAUGCGGCCAUUGAAGAUCUCAUGAUGCAAGCCAGGAAGAUUAAGUGCGAUGUCAUCGAACUGAUCGAGACGAGGCCACCCACUGAACGCCGGGAACAUGCGACAGAGUUGGUGGAGUUGGCGUCCUCAACACGGGUAUGGCAAAAAAACAUCGACUCUUUCGAACCGCUUACGAUCCGAAUCGAACGUCCGCGAAUGAGAAGAUGUGGUCCAACGCCAGCUUUGACAAUCUUCGACGCUUACGCUCCAACAUCAAGCUACAAAAAAGAAGUCGAAGCUUUCUAUAUGGACCUAGAGAAAUUCUACAGAGAAGACCACACUUACUACAAGGUCAUUGUUGGUGAUUUUAACGCCAAGAUUGGCCCCAGAAGAACGCCUGAGGACCUUCUCAUCGGGACCCACGGUCUACAAUAG